AAUUAGUUUUAUCUAAUUAAGUUUUACAGUGAAGUGAUCUGAGAGCAAUUUUACUUAUAUUGGUUAUCCUUAUCUAUGACGUAUAUCCUUAAUUUUUUUUUUAUUGAAUUAAUUUUGAAGGUCGAUAUUAUUGAAAAAAAAAGUAUUGAUAAAUGUUGUUAAAUAAUUCUUGGAAUAAUCAUAGCAUAAGUUGUCUAACUUAAGUUUUUGUACAGAUGGAAGAAGAUUAAUGAAAUUGGAGAGAUUGAGUUUGGACAACAAUAGGUUUAAUAGCAGCAUCUUCAAGUCACUUAAAGAGUUCCCUUCACUUAAAUUUCUGAGUUUGAGAGAAAAUAAUUUUCACGGAACACUGCACGUACAAGAUAUAAAUGCUUUGAGCAGUUUGGAGGACUUAGAUUUGAGUUAUAGUUCAUUUGAGGACUUUGAGACCUCUACAAGCCUUUCAGGAGCAUCAAGUCAAAUUAAAAACAACAGUCAUCAUCUCCAGUUGCACUUAAAUAGCAUCAAGUGUAACAUGACAAAGCUAUUACAGUCUUUGGCAACACUUCCAUCCAUUAAGAGCCUUCGUUUAGAAGAGAACAACAUUACAAGCAUUGGUGCAAUUCAUGCAUUGAGGAAUCUAAGCAUGCUAGAAGAGUUGUUUCUUGACUACUCUUACCUACAUAAGGACUUUCUUCAAAACAUUGGACCAAUGAGCUCGCUCAAAGUAUUAUCAGCGAAUAGAGCACAAUUAAGAAGUACAUUACCUAAUAAAGGUUGGUGUGAACUAAGGAGCCUCCAAGAGCUUUGGUUUAGUGAAACUCAAUUGGAGGGAACACUUCCACCAUGUUUGGAAAAUUUAACAUCUCUUAGUUUAAUUGAUCUCUCUCAAAAUCGGCUUAUCGGAAACAUUGGUUCGUCUCCGCUUUCAACACUCAAGUCACUCAAAUAUCUAUUCAUUUCGAGUACUUCUUUUGAAGUCCCAAGCUCAUUCAGAUUUUUUGCUAAUCAUACAAAGCUUAGAGGCAUUCUUGCUAAUGGAAAUAAGGUGAUUACAGAAACUGAGUUGCAAAGCUGGGUGCCUAAGUUCCAAUUACAAGUCUUUUAUAUGUCAAAUUGCAUCGGCCUUCUAAAGUUGCCAACAUUUCUUCACUACCAGCAUAAUCUGAAGGUUUUUGAGAUCUCCAACAACAAUUUGGAGGGAGAAUUUCCCAACUGGUUGCUACAAAACAACAUGGAACUCGUUUAUUUUCUAAUGAAUUCCAAUGCUUUCACAGGAGUCUUUAAGUUGCCGUCACACCAUAAUGCUAACAUGUUGAGAAUUAGUGUCUCCGACAACAAGUUAUGUGGAGAGAUUCCUAACAACUUAAGUUCAUCCUUUCCAAAUGUUUUUGCAUUGAACCUCUCUUAUAACUUGUUUGAGGGUCAGAUACCUUCCAAUCUUGGAAAGUUGGAACAGUUAUACUUUCUGGACUUGUCAAACAAUUCAUUGACUGGAAAUAUUCCAAAGGAGGUGUUGAUAGGUUUAUCCUCAGUGUUGUCUCUCAAACUGUCAAAUAAUAAGCUGCAAGGAGAAAUAGUACAAGAAUUUGCUUGCUUAUCUUCACUUGGGUUCUUGUAUCUUGACGGUAACAAUUUCACAGGCACCAUAUCGGAUAGCCUUUCUAAUAUCUCAUCAUUGUGGAUUUUGGAUAUUAGUGACAACAAAUUUUCUGGAGAAAUUCCAAGAUGGAUGGGUCAUAUGACAAGUUUAAAGGAACUCAGUUUGUCCAAGAAUCAUCUCAAAGGUUCCAUCCCUGUAGAGUUUUGUUACCUUGAAAGUCUCUUUGUUUUAGACUUAUCAGAGAAUAACUUAACAGGGUUAAUUCCAUCCUGCCUUAAUCCACCCAUCAUACAAUAUGUUGGUUUGAGUAAAAAUCACCUUGGAGGUGAUCUCACACAUGCAUUCUUUAAUAACAGUCCCUUGGUCAUACUUGAUUUAAGUUAUAACGAUUUUGUUGGAAAAAUUCCAGAAUGGAUAGGAAGCAUCUUUGAAUUGAGCAUUCUUAGCCUCAAAGGAAAUCAAAUUGAAGGUACGAUUCCCAUGCAAGUAUGUCAGCUUAAGAGACUAAGUAUGUUGGAUUUAUCUAGUAAUCGACUAAUUGGUCGGAUCCCCCAUUGUUUGAGUAAGUUGAGCUUAGAGGCUACUGAUAAAAAAUCUGAACCUGUUUCUGUUGGAUCUUUAGGAUUUAACAUGGAGCCUGCAAUGCCAUAUGAUGUCAGUGGAUUGAUUGAAUUUUCAACGUAUGGCAUCCCUCCAGAGGUGGGAUUUACAACAAAAGGAAAUUUAUACUACUACAGAGGAGUCCCACUCACAUAUAUGUCUGGAAUCGAUCUCUCUAAUAAUAAGUUAAUUGGUGAAAUUCCUUUUCAGUUUGGAGAUUUAAUAGAGAUUCGUGCAUUAAACUUGUCACACAACAAUCUUUGUGGAACAAUUCCAGAAACAUUCUCAAUGUUACAUAAUAUUGAGAGUAUGGAUCUUUCUUACAACAAGUUGAGUGGGAAAAUUCCCAACACUUUAUUGAAGCUCACUUCAUUGGAGUUCUUUAGUGUUGCACACAACAAUUUAACAGGUGCCAUACCAGAACCAAAAGCUCAAUUUGCUACCUUCAAUGAAAGCAGUUACAAGGACAAUCCUUAUCUCUGUGGGCCACCAUUACAAGUCAUUUGUAACAGGACUGAGCACCCAUCAUCUUCAUUGCUAUUUAACACUAAUGGUGCGAGUGAUGAAGAAAGUAAUAAUGUUGAUAUGGAGGUUUUCUACAUCAAUUUUGGUGUAUCUUAUAUUAUUUUUUUGUUAAGUACAAUAAUAGCGUUAUAUUUAAAUCCUUAUUGGAGAAACUCAUUGUUUCAACUGAUUAAGGUCAAUGCAUGUAUGUAA